CGGGUAUAACCACACCCAUGUUCGGAUUAUGCAGGGUUGUUCGUCUUACAUCAAGCAAAGAUCGAUGUAUUUUUGUGAGUCCGUUGACACGGUGGGAUACUUUUUGACGUUGACCUGACAAUUUUACUACUAUAUACGUGGGAUCCUUGCAUUCGCUGCGAUAUCAUGUCUUCUUGCUGGAGCCGAACUUUUUUCAGCUGCAGUACGCUUUGGGCACUUCGGCGAGUGUAUGUCAAUCCGAGAGUUCUAUCAUAGGUAAGGAGUUGCAACUCCUUAGCUUGUUUGACUUUGGGGGGAUCCUUCACGUGAACCACGUCGGUGAUCGUUCGAGCACUAGUGACUGUCCAUGCAUCCCUUCUGAUCUUCGGGUAUGUCUUACUCACCGAUGCUCGCUUCUACACUCUGUAUAAAGGAUAGCUCGUGUAUGAGUAUUGAGCGUUCAUCACUAAUUUUCGGGUUUGACUUUCUGCGUUAUUUGCUGCUGCCAUCACUGUCAUGUUCCUCUCCAUCAUUACACUCGCUUGUGUUCUCAGCAUUUUUGCUCAUGCUGCUGCCUCACCCACAAAGCGUGAUGUGAGUGUAUUAAUCGACAAUAUUCUUAACAACGCUACCGUGAAUGCUUUGGAUCAACGUAAUGACUUGAUUGUUAGAGUCGACGUUGACACUAGAGAUGUUCUAGAUACUGUCAAUUUCAGCCAAAAGCGCGAUGAUGACGGCUUGGUUAGCGUUGACAUUGACGUCGAUAACCUUCUUAACAAUGCUAGCAUAAGUGUAUUGAGUCAGUAAAAGACGCUCGAUUCAUCCGACGAGUCGUCGAAUGCCAGAUUUCCACUGGUGUGCUUAGCCUAGUAGCUUACCGACUGCUAUCAUACUUGCAUGUAAUACUAGUGUCGCCACGUAUGCCUUCUGUCGUUAUUUACAAUGCAAUGUG